ACUCCUCAAACUAUCGUGCACCCACCAGCCAGCCAACCAACCAAGAUAGACAUCUUCCCACUCAACAGUAGCUAGCUUCAUUCGCUGUCUUCUCUUUCGAGUGUUUUCUGGGUCAUUUUUCCUUUCAACUUCUCGCAGGUAUCAUGGGUGUCAUCACUUACGAUCACGAGGUCACCUCCUCAGUCCCAGCAGCAAAGCUCUUCAAGGCUUUCAUCCUUGAUUUUGACAACCUCAUCCCCAAGAUCUUGCCUCAGGCCAUCAAGAGCGUCGAAACCCUCCAAGGUGAUGGUGGAGCUGGAACCAUCAAGCUCACCCAUUUUGGUGAAGGCAGCCAAUACAAGAGCAUGAAGCACCGCGUUGAUGAGCUCGACAAGGAGAAUUUCGGGUUCAAAUACACCGUGUUCGAGGGAGAUGUUUUGGGGGAUGUGAUUGAGAAAAUCUCUUACGAGGUUAAAAUCGAAGCCUCUGCUGACGGUGGAUCCAUUACCAAGAGCAAGAGCACCUACUACACCAAGGAUGAUGCCAAGAUCACCGAAGAGGAAAUCAAGUCUGGCAAAGACAAGUCCGCUGGAGUCUUCAAGGCUAUUGAGGCUCACCUCGCUGCCAACCCUGAUGCCUACUAAUCAAUUCCACUCUUCUUCAUCAAUUUUGAAUUUUCUGCAGAAGCAAGAAUAAAUCUUUUAGCGUGUGCCUGGUUUCAAACUCCAAAGUGUGGGUUUUUUUUUUCCUUUACUUUAAUUUUUGGGUUUUUUUUUUUUUACACCCAAGGCAAGGCUAUUAAUUAAGUACUAGAUCAUUGCCUUCAUAAUAAAUGCUACUGAAGCUUUGGGUGGUAUAAAAAUGAUGAUGUUGAUUAUGUUGCACGGUUUGGAUUGAAGAGAUGGUAUAUAUGUAUUUGUAAAGAAUACACGUAAAGAAGCAAAUACUACUAUAUCAUAUAGUUUUCACUACCACGUUGAAA